AUGAAUUACCUCAAGUCCAUCACUACUACUGUUCUCAACUCGACCGGUGUCUCCUUCCCAUUUUCCAUUGGAGAACGUAUACCAGGUCUGGAUACAAGCACAUCCAUAUGGGACGUCAGAGAAGGAGUCAAGAAAGAUGACGGUACACUCUUGACAUUGUUCAUCUUUGAUUCGACCUUGGGGCCUUUCCAACCCGGGAGCAAAGAUCGAAAGACCUUGAUGCAAUUGGCCCGGAAUGCAUUGAAGAAACUACGGACGAUCCGGCAUCCAGAUGUGAUCAAGUAUAUUGAUUCGGUGGAGACAGAGACGCAUGUGUAUAUUGCGACGGAAAGAGUCCGGCCAUUGGAAGGGGUCUUGAGGGACUGGACGACGGGAGGUGCUUUGUCACAGGGAAAAGGAAAGGGAAAAGAAGAUUGGAUCGGAUGGGGAAUAAGGAGUAUAUCAACCGCUUUGGCUUUCCUAAACUCUCCACCACUGUCAUUACAUCACGCAUACUUGCUUCCUUCAAGCGUGUUCGUUACACCAGCUAUGGAAUGGCGCCUGGGCGGAUUUGAACUGUUGACAGCCAAAGACGAUUCAGCCGGUGUCCUGUGGGGCUUAGGCGGGGUAGCUCCGGGCAACGUCGGCGAGAUCAGUGGACCAGAGGUCAAAAAGGGAGGAUGGGGAGUUUUGAGAGAUACAGAUCCCGCUCAGGCAGAUAUCUAUCUCUUGGCCCUUCUCCUCUUCAUCCUCUACAACCCCUCGUCUCCAUUACCGAAUCUCAACGCUCAGCCUACUCCCUCAUCUUCUGGCUCUCUGCCCAAAGCCUUGUUCCCACUAUGGAAGCGGAUGCUCAAUCCCAAUCCUCGGACGCGACUAUCGACCUCUGCAUUCGUCUCUGAUCCAGCGGCGCUGUCUUUCUGGUCGAAUAAUCCUUUGGCCAAUCUCGUUCAAGGCCUGGAUGGAUUCGAACUGAAAUCGGAAGGCGACAAAUUGAGCCUCCUGAGAUCUGUCAAAGAUGCAGCAAGUGCAGGAGAGAUACCACAACCUUUUCUCUUGUACAAAGUCCUACCGUCGCUCCUUCACUCCCUCUCCCUUCCCACGGCUCCGAGUGGCGCAAUGUUACCGCUCGUUCUCGAGCUCGGAAAGCUAGUCUCACCUGCAGACUACGGCAAAUUGGUCCUGGAUCCCGUGGUCAAGCUGUAUGCCAGCCCAGAUAGAGGUACACGAAUGGCAUUGCUAGAUGGUCUCGGCGAGUAUGGCCCAAAACUGGAUCAGCGGACAGUCGUGGAUAAGGUUUGGCCACACCUUAUCACUGGAUUUGCAGACACCGUCCCCGUGAUUAGAGAAGCAACAGUCAAAGCAGUGUACCCUCUGGCGUCAAAGCUGAAUGACCGUAUACUGAACAACGAUCUCUUGCGUCUACUCGCUAAAAUGCAAACCGAUACCGAGCCAUCGAUCCGUACCAAUACCUGUAUUCUGAUCGGGAGACUCGCUCCAAUGCUAGGACCCAACACAAAGAAGAAGGUUCUAGUCCCAGCUUUUGCAAGGAGUCUGAAGGAUUCAUUCGUGCACGCUAGAGUAGCGGGGCUGAUGGCUUUGAUGGCUACGGUCGAUGUGUUUGACCGGGACGAUCUGGCUGGCAAAGUCGUUCCCAACAUGGCCUUCACACUGGUCGAUAGGGAAAAGUUGGUUCGUGAUCAAGCAUUCAAAGCUAUGAACAUGUUUCUGAAGCGUAUCGAAACGAUGGCCGCUCAAAUGGUACGUCUCUCCGCUAUCUAG